AUGUUCCCCUCCGUCCAGCAUCGUCCCGUGUGCAGUAUAGGGGCCAGAGCGGUGCGUCUGCAAAACUUUAGCACUUUUAAACAAAGUGGUGCGAUAGAUAGCAAAUCGUGGAGUUUGUCGUGGCUGGGUGAGCGCGUGGGCCUGCUGCUGUCAUGGCUCCAAAAAACAGGAAGGGGAACAAACAAGCUAGCCUCCGACAAAAAGAAAGAGAGACUGUUGUCUAUAUUCGCCAACCACUGUAGUUUUGUGACAGGCCAAAGGCUGAGAAGGGCCUUUCAGAUCGGAGAGCUAUACUCAAACCUGUACUCUGAGAGGAGCAGGUGGACACUCGUGGGACACAUAUGGAGACGCCUGCAGAGCAAACACGCCCCCGCCGGAAAACUGAUAGCAGCAUUGGCUGGGGUCUUCAUGUGGGAAGACCAGAGGAUUGGAGAUGAUGAGCUGAGAAGGUGUGCGUGGGAGCUGCAGGCACUGGAGUCGGCGAGAAGCCAGAAUGUGACCCCAAAGACCACUGUGCAUGUGGAUCCAGACUGGGAGGUGGUCAUGGAGAAGAAAAACUUCAGGGUUUGGAGGAGACCCAUCCAGGAUAGCCAUCUUUUUGAAUACAGAGUGUUUGGUUCAUAUACAGACGUCUCCCCCCGGCAAUUCUUCAAUGUUCAGUUGGACACAGAGUACAGAAAGAAGUGGGACGCACUGGUUAUUAAAUUGGACGUGGUGGACAGGGACGUCAACACCGGCACCGAGGUCAUUCAUUGGGCAACACAUUUUCCAUAUCCCAUGUACUCCAGAGACUACGUCUAUGUGCGCCGGUAUCAUGUUGACAUGGAGAACAACUUAAUGAUCUUAAUCUCCAGAGCUGUCAGACACCCCAGUAUCCCAGAGACCCAGGAGUUCGUCCGAGUUCACUCUUAUCAGUCCAAGAUGGUCAUCCGGCCACACCGGUCAUUUGACGAGAAUGGCUUUGAUUACCUGCUGACUUACAGCGAUGAUCCCCAGACGGUCUUCCCUCGCUAUUGCGUCAGCUGGAUGGUGUCUAGUGGCAUGCCAGACUUCCUGGAGAAGCUUCACACCGCCGCCCUCAAAGCUAAAAACAUGGACGUCGGUGUCCAGGACUACGUCAGCAUCAUAAAAUCCACCCAACCCACCCAAGAACGACUAGCUGACAACGCUCACACCGGAGGACCGAGUCAGAUCUACGCCUGAGCGUCUGGCCACAGCGAUUGAUGCACUGUGGUAAAAUGACCCAGAACAGAGCAUUUUUUGCUUAUGCGAUCAUUCAUUGAAGCCAUAAAGAAAUCCAUUUCUUAAAUUCAUCUAUGCCAUUGAUCAGUCCUGCACUAGCUGUCAUACUAAGUGUUCACGUCUCAUUUUGUAUGCUGUUAGUUUGCUUGCUCUUUCUGUAGGGUACUGAGAUGAGCCAAAAUAAUGGCAUGUAUUAAUUGUAGAUUCUCCUGCCAAAGCAGCUUUUCACUCCGCAUUUACAGCACGAUCAUCAGAAUCCAUCAUGCUGUUGAGAUGCUGAAAAACAACAGAACAUGUACUCGCCUAACAAGGUUCAACUACAGGAAAGCCACUUUUUUUCAGUUUAUACUGUGAUGAACUAACUGCUCUCGGCAGAACCAGAUCAACUCACCUUCGUCCUCAUUUAGCGUGUGAAUGUUCACUGCCAGUAAAACCCAAACAGCCUUCACAGGAUCACCAAAACUGUGUCUUAUGCCGACCGCAGCAUCCUCACGAUCAGGCUCGGCUUCCUCCUGUGCUCUAGAGGGCUGUUUGAAGUCUAAAACAUCUUUUCUACUCUGAACUCCAGCAAAUAAGGACACUGGGAUUUGAUGUUGUAAUGAAAGUGGAAGGACAGUGCACAAGUCGGCAUGCAAAUGCACUGCAGGAUGGAUUUUGUGCUAGGAAUUAGGGGGUGUAUUAAUUAUUAUUAGUAUUUGUUUUUUGUGAAUGGGAAUCCACUGUGAUGGGAUUGUGUGUGUGUCAUACAUGUUUAAUGUAAUACAAAUUGAUUGGUUCAGUCACGCUUGGCUUGUUGAUGCAGAUUACACUGAAUGGACAACUCUUGUCCUGUUUGGUCUCAAUCCCAUCAUAUGACCUUUUUUCAUACUGCUGUGUCAUACACCAGUGAAGUUACAGAGACCGUAGCAUGUCAGAAUACUGUGGGGGGGGAGUAUUCAAAUCAUGCAUGUUGACUUUGGUCUGUAUCCGUUUAUUCUUUAUGGUCUCUGCAGAGGAACAGUUGAAAUGAAAGCAGAUCUUUCAGAUUUUAUUUGGUGGAUGUGUGCGUAUGUAUUCAUCCAUGACAUCCAGAUGUCCUCUAUUUGAAUGAGGUUAGGACUUGAUAAUGGCAUGCCACUUUUUGUGACAUGAUUGGUAGCUUAUUUUCAAAAAACCUUAUGAUGCACUUGAAAUGUUAAUGGUCCUGAAGAUGCAUUGUUCAGUUGAUGAUACUUUGAUAUCCAUGUGAGUUUGUUUUGAAUAACCGCUCUUUAUUGAAGGUGUAAUUAAACAUCACAGUCCUAUUUAAUCUUGUUCCAUAAUAAAUUAUUUCCCCUUUUUAUUACUUUCAGAAUACCACGUAACACCAUUCUGUUAAGCUUCAUAAAAAGACAUGGCCUUAAAUGUAUUUGUAUAUGUGUAAUACCUAGAUGGCACUGCCCUGUUUACAUCCCAUUACUCAAGUGUGUGUUUUUUGUUUUUUUGUUUUUUUCAUGUUCAAAACCAUUGUUCACAGUGGUCAGUCAAAAUGUAUUUAGAAAGGUCUUGCUAAUAAGGAAUAUUCCAGGAUUAUAGAUUUAAUGCUGCAUUGACAACAUUUGUGGCAUGUUGUUGAUUACCAUGGAUAAUGAUUUUGAUUUGUACCUUAGUUCUGAAAAAAAAAGGUUUUAUUUUUUACGAACUGAGGUACAAGUUGAAAUAUGUACUGUAUUAAUAUAGCACAUUCAAUAAUAUUAUCUUCCAUUUCAUCUAAACAUCACAUUGAAAUCUCAGAUAUUCACCGGUAUACUUAAAAAAAAAAAAAAAAAAGGAAAAAGUGAAUUUUCUUGGUGUUUGACAAUACUCUGCUUAUUUGAGUCUAAGCAUCAUAAUAAAACUCAACUGCAGUUUAGUGCGCUUUAAAGCAUUUUCUCUUUCUAAUAUCAAAAUUAGAAAUGUUCUAAUCGCAAGUGAAAUAGUGUACGUAUAAAUGAUUGAGAUGCCAGAAGCAUGAGCGUUUGUUUUUUGCUUCAAUGUGAAAAUGAACCACCGGUUUCAUCAAUUGGUGACAAUAAAAGUAAUUUGAAAUAA